AUGACAGGACAGCGGUUCCACGCGCUGCUGGGGAGGGUGGUGCCCGCGGGCCGAGGGCGGAUCAGGGUGCAGCCGAGGGGGCGGGAACGGGCCGGCCGCGCCCCGUGCCUCCGUAGCAGACACCGCAGUAAGCCGGCGGCUCUGUGUCGGUGCGGCUGCUUCUCGGGCGCCGCAGAGGUGGAGGAGCUGGAGCUGCAGCGCGGCGGGGUCCCGGCCCCGACCGGACAACGGCUCCUCCCGGCGGGGCCCUCCGAGGCUGGGCAGCCGCUGGGGACGGACGCCGAGGUGGACGUGGUCGGCGGCGGGGACUGUGGUAGGAGAUGCGGGGCCGGUAACGCACUGCGCUGGUUCACCUCCGUGCUGGUCUACGCUGCCUUCCUAGGGGUGGGUCUGAGUGCUGGUAUAAUAGGACCUACAUUUCAAGACUUGGCUGUGAAUGUGAACCGCAACAUCAGUGAUAUUUCUUACAUUUUUGUGGGCCUUGCAUGUGGGAGUCUAAGUGGUUCUGUGAUUGGUGGAUUUCUCUUUGACCACAUGAAUCAUAACUUAAUUUUGGGACUAUCAGUGCUGGGGACAGCUAUUAGUCUCUACCUUAUCCCCUUUUGCAAGCAAGCAGUAUUACUGGUUGUUAUGAUGGCUGUCUCUGGAAUUUUUUGUGGAAUUUUAAGCACAGGUGGCAAUGUCCUUAUCCUGCAUUUAUGGAGAGGUGAAGCAGCCCCACAUCUGCAGGCCUUGCAUUUCACUUUUGCCUUGGGGGCCUUUUUGGCUCCCUUACUGGCCAAGCUGGCCUUCAGCAGUGCUGUGCCCUCUGAAAACCACAUGAUAGGUGACACAUCAAACCACUCUGAGCUCACCCUGCCCCCUGCAGCCGACUUAGCAGUCAUAUUUGGAGUACCUGCUAACAAGAAUUUGCUAUGGACUUAUGUUGUUAUAGGAACUUAUACUUUGGCGAUAUUUUCCUUAUUUGUUGUUUUGUUUUUCCAAAAAAUUCCAAAUCAAAAGAAAGCAAAAAAAGCUGCUGAGAAGACUCGAACUGUGAAAUAUCAGAAUGUCCUUCUUGUUCUCCUUUUUAUGUUUUUCUUUUUUUAUGUAGGAGCAGAGAUCACAUAUGGCUCUUACAUAUUCUCUUUUGCAACACUGCACGCUGGCAUGAGUGAAAGCCAAGCAGCAGGCUUGAACUCUGCCUUCUGGGGGUCAUUUGCCGCUUGCAGGGGCUUAGCGAUCUGUUUUGCUACGUGUCUGCAGCCUGGGACCAUGAUUGUGUUAAAUAAUGUGGGCAGCUUGAUUUCCUCCCUGCUUCUAGUGAUUUUUGAUAAGAACCACCUUUGUCUUUGGGUGGCAACUAUAGUGUAUGGAGCUUCAGUAGCUACUACAUUUCCUAGUGGCAUUUCCUGGAUUGAACAGUAUAUGACCAUUAAAGGAAAAUCUACAGCUUUAUUUGUAGUUGGUGCUGCCCUAGGACAGAUGGUCCUUCCUGUAGUGGUUGGAUCUCUUCAAAGAAAUUACCCACAUCUUCCUGGGAUUCUGUAUAUUUUGUUGGGGUCAGCUAUUAUGACGGGAGUUUUGUUUCCUAUCAUGUACAAACUGGCCACCGCACCUCUUAGUAGCAAGAUUCAGUAAAGUAGAAAGAGUGAAGCCCAGAAAGCACUGCUGUCCCCCUCUAGGUUCAAUAAUGAGGAUAAAGAUGAUUAUGGAGAAGAGGGUGCUGAAGAAGAAUGGGACAAAGUAUACUUUGAAAUGAGUGAUAUGAUAAGUAAUUCGGUAAUGGAAAAAUCUAGAAAAAUUUUGAGGAAAUCUCCCACAGAAGUUUCUAGCCAGUUAUUGUCAAAUGACAUACCAUUCAGUUCUUCUCUGGCUAUUACUGGCAACUCACCUGUGAAGCCCCUCCCUCUAGACAAGGAAAAGAAUGACUAAUGGAGUAAAAGAUGUAUUGGUUAUUGAUUCCCUGUAACAACCGUUGGCUUUAAGGAGGCAAGUCAGAGUAGAUCAUUAACAUAUUUUAGGGUUUAGCACUUGUAGCUCUGAUUCCAACAAGUGGAAAAUUCUGAUGUGUCAUGUCAGUUCAGAGUCUUUGACAACAAAAGGAAGUCAGAUAUAGUCAGGUGUGGCUAGUAAAGUGACUUCACUGUAAAGUAACUCCCUACAUUCAGAAGCUUCAAAGAAGGCAUAAAUAUUUGAGAAGUUUCUUACCAGCAAAAGUCACCUAAAGAGUGAUUAAGGAGUAGAAUAAAUUACCAGCAUUCCAGAAACUAUUGGUAGAGCUGGUAAAUAACCACACCAGUGGCUUUGCCAAAAAAAUGCCAAAAUGGGAGGAUGAAGAGUUAAACACAACCGAAAAACAACAACAGUAGUUCAGAUCCUCAUCAGCUGUUGAUGACCUAAUUGGUCUGUCUUCCUCAGUGUCUUCCCCUACUCCAAUCCAUCCCCCACUCAGCUACCAGAGUGAUUUUCAUAAAAUACUGAUCUGACUGCAUCACCCCCUUCUAAAGAAACUCCAUUAGUUCUCUAUUACAUUCAGGAUUCGAUAGAAAAUCUUCUGUUUGGUAUUGUAAUCUGCCCCCUUUCUACGUUUCCAGCCUUCUACUUCUCAGUUUAAACCCCACUUCUUAGUUUCCAAGCUAAGUAAAUAAAAACAUGUAGAAAAUUACUUUUUGAAAGAAGAACACCAACAACUUCACGUAGGAGGAAGAAACUACAUUUUGCUAAAAGAUAGCAUAGGCAAUGACUUAACAGCAAAUGGCACAGCAUUAAAUUCUUAAGGAAAAAUUAAAUGAGUUAUAGGAGGAAAUAGAUAGUAAAACUAUACUAGUGGGGGAUUUAAAUUUAUACCUUUCAGACCAAAAUAAGUCUAACCAUGUAAUAAACAAGAAAGAAGUUAAGGAGAUUAAUAAAAUUUUAGGAAAGUUAAGAUGGCAUAUUGAAUGGGAAUAGAAAGGAGUAUUCUUUUUUCACACCUGUGCAUGGCACCUUUACAAAAUUUGAGCAUGUACUAGGGCAAAAGAAUCAUAAAGAAAUGCAGAUAGGCUGAGAUAUUAAAUGUAUAUUUUUCAGACUGUAAGGUAAAAAAAGGUAUAUAUAUUUUUUCAAUAAAGGGCCUUUAAAGAAGAGAUUAACAAUAACAAGUGAGCAAGGAGGUGGAGUAAAUAAGAGUGUUGGGUGGGGACUCAGGAAGACCUAAAUUCAAAUCUGGCCUUUGACUGAAUAGUGAUUUGAUACCCAGGCAAGUCACUUAACUC